UUUUCUGUCGUUUGAGGAGUUUUGCGAGUGUAGUUGUGAGUGGUUCGUAAUCGCUGAUUUGAUUUUCAUUCCUCCAAAAAAAGUGUUACCUCUGGCCAAGACGACGAUGGCGGCUACGUUAGGAAGAAUUUGUGGUUCUAAACUGCUUAAAUCGCUGCCUGCAUUGAAUCUGCAGCAGGCUAAUGGUUUGUCAACUGCCAAAGCUUGGUCCAAUGGCCAGAAGAAGAUGGUGGCGACUAUCGGAGCUUUGACAGGCGGAGUUGGCGCUUUGAUCUAUGCUUUGGAGCAAUCCGUUGAAGCUUCUGGUACCGAAGUCCAUCCACCACAAAUGCCAUGGAGUCACAAGGGUUUGAUUUCAUCAUUGGACCAUAGCAGUGUGCGCCGUGGCUACGAAGUGUAUAAACAAGUAUGCUCUGCCUGUCACUCUUUAAAAUAUAUUGCCUACCGCAAUUUAGUUGGUGUGACACACACGGAAGCUGAGGCUAAGGCUGAGGCUGAGGGCAUCAUGGUUAGAGAUGGCCCAGAUGACAGCGGCAACUACUUUGACCGCCCUGGUAAGUUAUCCGACUAUUUCCCUUCGCCCUACCCCAACGAAGAAGCUGCUCGUGCUGCCAACAAUGGUGCAUAUCCACCAGAUCUGAGCUACAUUGUUUCCGCUCGUCACGGAGGUGAAGAUUACAUUUUCUCCCUUCUUACUGGCUAUUUUGAUGCUCCAGCUGGUGUAGUAUUACGUGAGGGACAAUAUUUCAAUCCUUACUUCCCUGGAGGUGCCAUUUCAAUGGCCCAAGUUUUAUACAACGAGGUCAUUGAAUAUGAAGAUGGUACUCCAGCCACCCAAAGUCAAUUGGCCAAGGACGUUGCUACUUUCCUAAAAUGGACUUCGGAGCCUGAACACGAUGAACGCAAACAAUUGAUCAUUAAAGUCGUUGGUAUUAUGACCUUCUUGACUGCCAUCGCUUACUAUAUUAAGAGACACAAGUGGUCUGCAAUGAAAUCACGAAAAAUUUUCUUCGUCCCCAAGAAAGAAUAAACUCCUUUAGGUAAACGCCACAUUUAAGUGCAAGUAAUUAGGCUACCAUCAACAAGAACUAAGCCAUUGAUAAUGAUAACUAAAAAAACCAACAAAAGAAAUAAUCUAAACACAAGUUAGAAAAUUAUUUAAACAAUAAAAGAAAAUCUAAAACGAGGAAAAGUAAAGAGUGCAGAGUACUUUUAAAGGUAAUUGACACAAUAAAAUGAAAAAAAACCGA